UUAAAAUUUGGUAAAUUUUAGGAGCUCAAAGCAGCCGCAUCUCGAGCUUUAGCUCGGCCGGCUCUGUCUCCCUAAUUAGACCUUUCCCUUCACGUUUGCAAGGAGAAUUCAAAUGGCGCUUUAGUGUAGUUGUGGUUUCCUUUUCUUAGUCAAACAGCUUGCUUUACUCCUGUGGUUCUUUGUAUGCAAAGAAAUCAAUAUGGAGAAAGCAAUGCUCAAAUAAUUUCAUCCAUAAGUAAUGGCAAAUGCAAUAACCUCAUCUUUGUUGCUUCAACAGGGAGCUUCUUAUUCCUUUUCCAUUCCCCUUGUUGCUCUCUCUCUCUCUCUCUCUCUCUCUCUCUCUCUCUCUCUCUCUCUCUCUCUCUCUCUCUCUCUCUCUCUCGCACCUACUGCACUAACUUCUCUCUUAUCGUACAAUGUAUAUCGUUGGUCUUGUGAUCCUAUAUUCCACACUCUCUUAUCUACUCUUCGAUAAGAUAAGUAGAGAUGAUCAUAUGCAUCCCGACCAAGAUGAUCAUACUACUUCUUUGUCUACAUUCAUCGAAGAGUUGCCAGUGAUCUCUUUUCCAGACCGCGAGUUAGCCGAGCCCUCCACCUGUGUCAUUUGCUUGGAAAUUUUUCAACACGAGGAGCGUUGCCGGGUGUUUCCGGUUUGCAAGCAUUUGUUUCAUGCCCACUGCAUUGAUCUUUGGUUGGCGAAACGAUUCACUUGCCCAAUUUGUCGCGCCCCGUGCAAAAUUCAAGUGAAUUCAAGAGUAUCUGUAGCGGAAGAAAUGGAGGGAGAGUGGCUGCAUCGUACUCGGAGUUUUUGGUAGAGGACUGAGUUCUGCCGUCCGUGCCGAGAUGAAUGACCAGAUCAGCCACUUGGCAGCAUCUCCCAUUCCGAACUGAGUGCAGUUUGAUAGUGUGAAGAGAUGAUACAUAUUGCUGAAGUCUUAAAUAGGGUUACCACAUUUGCUAUAGACGUCAAUGUAAUUUGAUUAGUAAUUGACCAAGAAAGGGAUUACAGAUGGACAAAUUGUUGAUUUUGAUUGGCAGUGUUUUGCAUAUAAUGGGAGCAUCAAUUCGAGUAAUACACACCAUUAUUGUUUUAAAUAUAACUUCUGAAAGUUGUA